AUGUUGCGGACGAAGAGGCCGAGCGCGGGGGAGCCACUGGAGGCGGUGGUGGUGGCUGUGGGCGAGGGCAACGUGCGUGGCGGCCUGGCCGGCUUCGAGGAGCCCACCUUCGCCCAACCCACCGGCCAGCUGCUCGCCGCCCUGGGCUCCACCACCUCACCAGGCCACCACGCUGCACCUGCACCUGCUGGCCUUGACCAGCCCUGGAGCCGGUCGUGGCAGGACUGGGACGACGCCGUCGUGGCCACGGCCGUCGGCGCCAUCAAAACCCAGCGAAGCGGCGGCGGAGGCGGCGGAGGUUGGGAGGUGACGAGGGAGGCGGUGGAGGACGGGCUGUCGCUGACAGAUCGCGCGGUGCUGGUGGCACGGUCGGGCCGCAUCACCCGCCACACGGCCGAGCGCACCUGCCAACUGCUCUUCGAGAGGUGCGGUGUGGAUGCGCUGUACGAGGCGCGGUGCUCGGUCUUGAGCGUUUACGCGAACGGGCGCACGACCGGCCUCGUCGUGGACUGCGGCCACGCCUCGUCUUCCGUCCACUUCGUGUGGGAUGGCUUCCAAAUACCGACGAUGUACUCGGAGGCGGGUCGGCAGGUCGAGACAGUGACGCCGGUGGGCGGCGCGGCACUCACGCGGCACCUGGUGCGGCUUCUCAACCAGAAGCACCCCGAGCUCAACCUCACCGAAGCCGACGCCAACCUCAUCAAAGAACACACAGGCACACACACAUCCAUGCCGUGGCGGGUGAGUAUGCACUACGCGCGGGAGGUGGGCCAGUACGAGCAGCGGCUCAGCCAGACGCGUCUGCUGACGUCGCUGCACGAGCGCGAGGGCGAGAGCUAUCUGUCCCUGCUGCCCGCCGAGAUCGUCGCCUGCGUCAACCAGCACGCCCUGCCCCCGACUGCGCCGACGCAAGUCAAUGCGCUGAGCCCCUGUUUAGGCCCUCGCUGCUGCUGGCUCGACCCCCUCGAGGCCCAUGACUGCGACACGCGGGCGCCGCCGCGGACCACGACAGAACGAAAAGCGGAGCAAAAAGAAGAGCAAGAAGAGCAAGAGCAGGAGGAGAAGGGCGGGCUGGGCGCCCUGGCCAAGGCGGCGCGCGACAGUGGGCCGAUGAAGAUGCGCAACGAGAUGAGCGCAAACGUGAUCCUCACCGGCGGCACCUCCAUGUUCCCAGGAAUGGCGGAGAGGCUGGAACGAGCGUUGACCGCCAAUCAUGGAGGCGGGCCACCGCACGCGGUCAAAGUGGUGCAGCAGCCACGCAGAGGCGACCUGGCCUGGGUGGGCGGCUCCAUCCUGGCCUCGCUCUCCACCUUCCAGUCCAUGUGGGUCUCCCGCGACCAUUACCUCGAGCAAGGUGGGUCACCCUCCCCUCCACACACUCCUUCCACCUCACCUCAACGCGUCGUGUUGUGGGUGUGCUGCCGCAUGUGUUAG